UAUAUUUAAAAAAUGAAUAAAAUAUUUAUUGUUUUAUCAUUAUUAUUUUUAGUUCAAUCAGCAUAUUCAAUUAUGUUUGAAGUUAGAGCAGCUGAUGAAAAAUGUAUUGUAGAAGAGUUUAGACAAGAUACUUUAGUCAAUGGCAAUUUUGAAGUUUCAGAUAAAUUAUCAAGAAACAUGGCUUUCCCAUAUGAAGUUGUUAUGUCAAGCAUGCAAAUGAAAUUUUAUGUACGUGGUCCAACUGGUGAUAUGAUUUCAGUUAACCAUGAUGCUACUAAAGGUGUUAUUGCUUUUAAUGCUCAAGAACCAGGUGACUAUUCAUUCUGUUUCUUAGAUAACUACAGACCAGGCGCUCAAGCUAUGCCAUUAAGCAGAACUGUUUCAUUAUCGAUUAAAACUGGAGUUGAAGCAAACGAUUAUUCAGAUGUUAUCACCAAAGGUCAAUUAAAACCAUCAGAAAUUGAACUUAAAAAAAUUGAAGAUGUUGUUGAUGCAAUCAAAACUGAAAUUUUAUAUAUGAAAAAUAGAGAAGAAACUAUGAGAAAUACUAACGAAUCAACCAAUUCAAGAGUUGCAAAUUUAUCAAUCUUUUGUUUCUUUGUUUUAAUUGCAAGUGCAUUUUUCCAAAUCUCAUAUCUCAAAAAAUACUUUAAACAAAAGAAAUUAAUUUAAAUUAAAUUUUUAAAUAAUAAAAUAUAAAUUUAUAAAAAUG